AUUGACAGUUCUGUUGACAGUUAGCCAUUUUAGCGCUCUGCUGCUGCUCUGCUCUCACAGGUGUUUUUAUUUACAAAACUUAAAUCAUAUUUAAAAACUGAACUAUUUCUACUUUAAACCCUUUGAUAAUGCUGUGAAAAAGAAUUCCAUUGAGAUGCAGUAGUUAAUCGUUAGCAGAAGGUACUUGUGUCGAAGUAAAUUAAUUAAUAUAAUACAAUGGCAUUCCCAAACUCGCCUCUUCCUCCUCCACCGCAGGGCAUGGGAUCUCAGAAUACUGUGUUCAUAACAGAAGUGCGCUUUGACCCUUCAUACAUAAGAACACCACCUGGCAUGCUCAAAGCUACUGUUAUUGUGUUGAAUCUCCUCGGUUUCAUCUGUUUGAUAUCAUCACCGUUCAGAUCAAAUGGUCGCGGGGUGUACUUCAACAUAGUGUGCCACCUCGGGCUGUGGUCAUCAUCAGUGCUGCUGCUGCUCUACCUGUUCCACGUGGUGGAGAAGUACCACAACAUCAAGUGGCUGAAGAUAGAGAUGGUGUUGUACAUUGUGCUCACGUUUCUGAACUUGACAACAUCUACUAUUGUUGUUGCGUUUGGGAAUGCUGGAUAUUCUGCUGCAGGGUUCUUUGGUUACCUGGCGAUGGUGACAUAUGGCUUGGAUGCCUUCCUCAAAGCGAAGGCUCUGCAGGCGGGCGAGCUGGCACAGGGGCACCGGGUGGUCAACAAGCAGGUGCCCACCUCCCCCGCCACCAUGGCAUGAACUAGGGGACCACUAAGGUAACCCAAGAAUUAUUAUAGAAAAAUUAAAGUUUAACUGGGAUUUUUGUAUUAAUUUAAAUGAAAUUGUAUUUUUGGUACUACAGCUCAAAGCUGUAACGUUUAUCUUAUAAGUGUAGGAAUAUAAAGUUAAAUCAUUCAGAAACAUGUAGAUAAGUAAGUUAUUGUAGAUUUUGUUAUGUAUAUGGAAUGUUUGUUUAUCUCAUCUGUGAGGAGUUGAUGACAUCAUCAACAAUGCAAAUUACGUCUUGAUAGGUGGCUCUUGGCUUUUAAAGGUCAUGAAGGAUAAUGGUUACACAUUACAUCACAAUAUGUAGGUACUACUAAACUUGUAGUCUACUAGUCUAACAGUCUGAAUUCACAUUAUUAUUAAUGUUCCCUGUAGUUCCAUGAUUUUCGCAAGUUAUAUUCUAGCCAAAGAUUUAGUUUAGCAAAAAUGUACAAAUAGUUUUUUGUUCGAUGCAUUUCACAUUUUUCCGUAUUAUAUUUAUAAGCAUUGUAUUAACCCACCAGUGUUAAGUUAAAUUAUUUUAUUAUUUAGGUGUAAAACACUCAACAUGUUUACCUCAGGGUCUGUACUUAUUUAGGACAUAAUUUUGUGAUUUUAAUGAUUUUAGUGUUAUUUGUAAAUAUUACAAUAAAUAAGUGUAAAAUGUGAUACUAUCUUAUACUCAAUUUCGUAAACUUACAGAAGGAUCAGUAUAGCUUGUCCAUGCAAUGUAUGCUAACACACUUUUAUAACACUUACUAAAGUAUUUGAACAUACAUUGCACUUGCAUUGCAUUGAAUAAGAAGUGUGUAGUUUAUCCGUGCACAUUUUACAAACAAAUUGAAAUUAUAUUUUAUGCCUAAUCAUAGUAUUCACAAUCAUGGAUGUUCAUACUAUAAAAUAUCAAGUCCUGUGUAUUAAGGCACUGGCUUCAUUAUAUCAACAUUCUGUAAUUUUACUGAAUAAUGCGGCAGGUAGUAUACUUCUCCGUCCAGCUUAUGCAAAUGCUCACACACUGUGUCAAAUUAAAUUCACUUCUAUCUGAGAUAUCUAUAUAUUUGUCUCAAUUUUGUGUAUAGCAAUAUAGAGCUUUCUUGAUGUAAAUCUGCCUACGUUUUUAUAAUUAUAUACCUAUUUCUUAUCUACUUUAUUUAAUGUUUAAAUAAAAAGUUUAAUCCAUUGUUAAUGUAGUUCAUUUAUCUCAUAAUUACUUAUCACUAUUGUGACUUACUCUUGGAUUAAUGAUUGUAUUUAUUUACCUAAAUUUUAAAUAAAACACAUUUUGAAUAAGUG